CGUGAGCUCAAGGGCACUCUGUCGUGCACAUUGUACUUUGGCGUCAAGUUUUACGCGGCAGAUCCCUGCAAACUGUUGGAGGAGAUCACUAGGUAUCAGUUUUACCUGCAAGUAAAGCAAGACAUCCUGCAGGGUCGUCUCCCCAUCAGUUUUGACCUGGCAGCGGAGCUUGGAGCGUUCGUCGUACAAUCCGAGCUCGGGGACUACGACCCGCGGCGCCACUCCCCGGGCUACGUGUCCGAGCUCCGCUUCGUCUCCAACCAGUCUGUCGAGCUAGAGAGCAGGAUCGCCGACUUGCACAAGGGACUGGUCGGUCAGCUACCAGCGGACGCGGAGCUGUCCUACCUGGACCGAGUCAAGUGGCUUGACAUGUAUGGCGUGGAUCUGCAUCCCGUUCUGGGGGAGGAUAACGUGGAGUACUUCCUGGGGCUGACGCCUAGUGGAAUCAUUGUCCUGAGGAACAAGAACAAAGUGGGCAACUAUUACUGGCCACGCAUUACCAAAAUCUACUUCAAGGGCCGCUACUUUAUGCUCCGAGUCUGUGAUAAAAAUAACGAGGAGAGCACGUACGGGUUCGAGACGCCCUCCCGAACGGCCUGCAAACAGCUAUGGAAGUGCUGCGUGGAGCACCACGCUUUCUUCCGGCUAGUCCGAGUCUCCCCCGCGCCCAACGACAUUUUCAGGCUGAGCUCCCGAUUUCGGUACAGCGGCCGCACGGAGAAGCAGGCGCGUGGCGACGUGGAGGCCGGACGGAGGGCGCCCCCGGCCUUCGAGCGCUCGCCGAGCCGGCGGCAGCAGCGGCGGGUGGUGGAGGGUGCGAGCGGCGCGAGCCUCGGCGCGAGCGCGGCCUCUGCGCACACGCCGAGCAUGGAUGAGAUGGAGAACCGCGAGAACAUAGCGCCGCAGGAGAAGAACGCGGCCCUCGCGCUAACCAGCCCUACGGCCGUUGUGACGGCGCCAGUCGCGUGAGUAAAAGAGAGUACUGAUAUCCGCUAGAUAGCCGCCUACAGAUAGGCAAAAAAAAUUACCUCCGCAUUG